GUGGUCAGGUCAAAACCCUAGAAAUAGAAAUCCAAAACGCAGAGAGAGAGAGAGAGAGAGAGAGAGAGAGGGAGAGAGCUCUCGUACAAGAAUUUCUUCGCUAACGCUUACGGCUUUCGAGUUCGCGCAAACUCAAUCAUCGUCACCAAGUCUCAGACCUGUUCUUCACACGUUGCCAUACCCAAAUCUAAGAUAUCAACUCAGUUAUUCUAAUGGCUGGCCAGAGGAAUAAUUAUGGGAAGCGGACCCAUUCUCAAUCCGACCAUUCUGACAAUGGCGGUAAUAAAAGGAGAAAUCCCGGUGAUGAUAGAGACCAAUUUGUCAUUGAUUCGGAGGACACUGUAUAUCGGUAUUUGUGCCCUGUAAGAAAGAUUGGAAGUGUUAUUGGUAGGGGUGGGGAAAUUGUCAAGCAGUUGAGGGCAGACACUAAAUCAAAGAUUAGGAUUGGGGAGACAGUGCCAGGAUGCGAGGAGCGUGUUGUUACUCUCUACAGCUCCAGUGAUGAGACUAAUGCUUUUGAAGAUACUGGCAAUUAUGUUUCUCCAGCACAAGAUGCUCUUUUCAAGGUGCAUGACAGAGUUAUCGCUGAAGAUUUGCAUGGUGAUGAGGAAUCUGAUGGAGGUCACCAAGUUACUGCUCGCCUUCUUGUUCCAUCUGAUCAGAUUGGUUGUGUAAUUGGAAAGGGUGGACAGAUAGUUCAGAACAUUCGUAGUGAGACUGGAGCCCAAAUUCGCAUUCUUAAGGAUGAUCAUUUGCCACCUUGCGCCUUAAGCUCUGAUGAGCUGGUACAGGUAUCUGGGGAAGCCCCAGUUGUGAAAAAGGCUCUAUAUCAAAUUGCAUCUCGCCUUCAUGAUAAUCCUUCACGUUCUCAGCAUUUGCUUACUUCUUCUGUACCCAAUGUGUACCAAUCUGGUGGCUCACUUAUGGGUCCGGCUGGUGGUGCCCCAAUUGUGGGCAUAGCUCCACUGAUGGGUCCUUAUGGAGGAUACAAGGGUGAUACUGGUGACUGGUCUCGCUCCUUAUACUCAGCUCCUAGGGAUGAUGCAUCUUCAAAAGAAUUCUCUCUUCGUGUAGUUUGUCCUACUGCCAAUAUUGGAGGCGUGAUUGGCAAGGGUGGUGCCAUAAUCAAUCAGAUCAGACAGGAAUCUGGGGCUGUCAUUAAAGUUGACAGUUCAACUUCUGAAGGAGAUGAUUGCUUAAUAACUAUUUCAGCAAAGGAGUUUUUUGAAGACACAUUUUCUCCAACUAUAGAAGCAGCUGUGCGUUUGCAACCCAGGUGUAGUGAGAAAGUUGAAAGAGAUUCAGGAAUUAUCUCAUUUACAACCCGCCUGCUUGUGCCGACUUCACGAAUUGGCUGUCUUAUUGGCAAGGGAGGAGCUAUUGUAACUGAAAUGAGGAGACUCACCAAAGCUAAUAUUCGAAUACUCUCAAAGGAAAACCUUCCCAAAGUUGCAUCCGAUGAUGAUGAGAUGGUGCAGAUUUCCGGAGACCUUGAUGUUGCCAAGGAUGCUCUUAUACAAGUAGUUACACGGUUAAGAGCAAAUCUUUUUGAUAGGGAGGGUGCAGUGUCUGCAUUUCUGCCAGUUCUUCCAUAUUUGCCUGUGUCAGCUGAUGGUUCUGAUAGUUUAAACUAUGAAAGUAGAGAUAGCAAAAGACAUGGUCGUGUGCAUUCUUAUUCCGGUGGUUACGGUGGCUCAAGUGAUUUGGCAGCUGCUGACAAUUAUGGAAGUUAUGGUGGAUCACAGAUUGGAGGCAGUGGCAAUGCCUAUGGAGCUUAUGGUGGUUAUUCUUCAGGACGUACUGGUAGCUCUGGGUUGUCAGGCCAGGCCCCUGUUUCUCGUCGGAGAAACUAUGGAUACUAGACUUUGGUGAUGGGGGCACCUUCAGGCAAGAUUGAAAGUUGACGGUUGACCUGAAUGGUAACAGCAUGCCAUUUGAUGGAUUCUUGGAACUUCAUGUACUAUUGGAUGCAGAUUGGGAGAUUCUUGGGUGUAUUUAGUACUUUAUGAUUCGUGGGGUAGGUCACUUCUUUUCACACAGAGUGUGGGCUAGAUUGUGGUACCAAUUUGUAGCUUAUUGAAUGUUAUUUAAGUCUCAUGUGCAGUUCAUUUGGCAGGUUCUAUGAGUAUCCUCUUCAUAGGAGGCAGGUAAAAUCUCUGGCUAAGAACAUCUUAAUCAGGCAAGUUCCUUUUAGUUUGGAGAGAAUUCAAACUGGCUUCCACUUUAUGCAUGUUACUUGUACUCUCUUUAUUUCAUUUUUAUAUGCUGCUGUCUAAUUUUAUUUUAGAUAGAUUAAUAUUUUGUUAAAUUACAAAUUACACGAAUAACUUUGACCUGUUUUCAAUUCAGUCUUUCAGGUUUCGUUUUUCCUCAUCUCCGUCCUUCAACUUUAUUCUAUUUUCAGUUUAGUUCUUCCUCUAGUUUUGUCCAAUCAUGUUGAUUGUUUAGGUAUUUUCACUUUGCAAAUGAUGUUUUGGUGGACCUAAUGGUGUGGAUUGGACAGAGAUGGAUGGAAGGACUAUAUUGGAAAUGAAUAUAAGUUUAAAGAACUGAGAUGGAGGGAAAGCGCUGAAUGGAAAACAUGUCAAAGUUAGGUUUUAAUUUGUAAUUUAGCCUUAAUGUAUUUUUUCAAUCCUACCAAUGUUUAUCAUGCACGCAAAUUUCAUGUUGAUUGAAUGCCAUUUACUAUCCAAUCUAUAAAUGAGUUUUUAUAUUCUUACUUUAAAAAAAAGAUUUAAUAUAUUCAUGGAUUACUUUAUUUUAAAAACAUUUCAAAGUAAAAUUUUAAAGAAUUUAUAGAUGAAGUUGUUUGUCGAGCAUCUUAUAUUUGAUGUUCAUGAUGGGAAUGAAGCAAACACGCACACGCACACGCACACGCACACACGCUUAUAUGAAUUUUUGUAACAGGGUCCUUCAAGGCCGAAAGGCUAGCCCAAUGCAGGAUUGUAAGAGUUUUUCACUAGUCGAGGUUGAGAAGUUUAUGACUCUUGAGCACUCAUUCCUCAUUGGGCUAGCGUUUUAGGCUUAAGGACCUUAGUGUUGCAAAUGGUAUCAAAGCAGUGUCCUACUCAUUGGUGGGGCCACACGUGUCAUGAGCCAUGCCAGAGAGGGGUGCAAUCUGGGUUGGAAUGUGGUGGAAUCUCACAUUGACUGGUGAUGGUGUGUACUUUUGCAGUCUUACAUGCUAUUGUUUUUGCUUGAUAUUUAUUAAUUUUGGGGACAAAUGUUGGAUAUAUAGUAUCAGAUGUCUCACUGCAUGAGUUUUAUGAUUUAAAUUAUUAUUUUCUUAACUCUGAGCUGAAUUUUAAGAAAGAGGGGUCUUGAGUUGAGAGUGGUCAUGCUGUACUAUUUAAGUAAAAAAAGUAGGCUUGUCCAUUGAGCUUGCCUGCCUGACAGUGACAAUGUUUGGGUUUGGUUCAUAUUGAUCCAAAGGACUAGAGGGAGUACGUUGGGAGUGGUCUCAGAAAUGGGGUUGCUUUUAUAUUUUAACUUCUUUAAUUUUACUGUCAUUAUUGAGUUAAUACACAGCGGUUCUUCUAGGGACAUUUUUUACCACACUUAGACAUAAACUUGAACAUUUGUCAAUUUGUGAUUGGAUUAUAUCACUUAUACAAUAGGACAAUCACUGGCAUUUGUGAAAAUUAAUCAAUUCACCAUUUGAAAAUUUGUCAGUCUGAUUUUAUGCAAGUGUCUCCAGACUUUUUGUUUUGUUUUUCCUUGGUUUGUGGUUAAAUUUAAAAAUCCCACAAGUGCGUUGCAAAUGAAGAAAGGAGUGUAUUUCCCUGUGGCCAGAAAAAGAAUUAAAAGCUCUCAAUUUAGAACAUCUGCACGAUUAUUUUUGCUAACUGGCCUUAUUGUGUAUUACUGAAAAUUGAGAUUUGAAAAUUGCAAGACUUCUAGCCAAGCUGCUCGCUCGAACCUCAGUCAAUCAUGAUUUUGAGCUUGGAAUAAUGAUUGAAACUAGCAUUUAAAAUAAUGAAAGCACGGUGUUUAGUUGAGAGAUUCUUUGCUUAAAGUGAAAGGUCACGAAGCUCUCUUUUUUAUUUUUUUGUUCUUUAGAUUGUCUCUCUAUGAUGAAAGGCCAUGAGUCACAAAGCUCUCUCUCAUAAGUAUUUAAAAAAAAAAAAAAAAAAAUUACAAAGGAGAACUUCUAUUAUCCCAAAUGUGAAAGAUGAUUAUUAUCUGAUAGUCUUUUUAGUAAUGUAAUUAAAUGAAUUUAGACGCUUGCCAUACACAUUAAAUCUCUAAUAAAUGUGAUCAGUAAAAGAGGUUUAGCUUAUUCCAUCCAAAAGCAAAUCCAUAUUACGUGAGUGUUUGGAUUGUGCUGAAACAGAGAGCAUGUUUGCGUAUGUGCGUUUUGUUGAAAAAAUGUGGUUUCAUGGUAUUGAUUACGGACCAACAAAAGUUAGCCAAACACAAAUUUCAAUACAAACUUGGGUUUCAUAGUAUUAUUUAUACAUUUAAAAAUUAUUUUACUACAGUGUUUUCAGUUUUUAGUUUUCAGCAAUAAGCGGUAUCUAAACAUGCUUUACUUUGCUCUCAAAUCUAGGGAUUGAGUAGGAGUCUUACUGGUAGCCAUGUGGAUAUAUAUUCCUACUAAGAUCUGUGACCUCAUAUCAUGUGUUUAAUCGGAGUGGACAAAGUAUAAUUACUGUUUUCUGCAUUUUCUGAUUCUGGGGAUGUUGAGAAUAUUUUCGACAUAAAUCUCCAGCUUCAAUAGUUUAUCUUAUUGGUUUCACGUGUUUUAGGUGUUUUACAUUUAAUGCCGGUUACCAAACUUUCUGUCCACUUGCGGAGUUUUGCAUGAGCCUAUGCAAGCAAAGAUAACUUGUAUAAAAAUCAUCAACUAAUGAUAAAAACAUAUUUGGUUGUAUUUAGUAUUCCUAAUUACAAACUACACUUCGGCAACACUAUUUCUAGACCUGGAAUUCUAAUUGAGAAAACAUGGCUAAACAACCGGCUAAAGUGCAGAUUGUAAUCGACGAUGGAAUUCAACUUUCAAAUAUCCAUGAACGUUCCAAGCUCUUCUUGCGAAAAAUUGCAUGGAAUGCUAUUCCAACUCAAGAAAUAAUCAAGGAAAGAUUUGAAGUGGAAGAGGACUGAAGCUCUGAUAUGCGUGGGGUCGAGUUAGUAGAGCACAUGGUUUUUUGAUGGGAAACUGUAAGAAAUUUAUUGGGAGAGAAAUAGAAGAGUACAAGCUAGGAGUCUGUAGAGCAUUUGUUCAUUUUUGGAUUUCAUAGCUCAAAUUGUGUGGUCAAUAAUUCAAUAUUUGAACGGCCAAUCAAAGUCCUAGUCCUAGGCUAAGGAGUACAAUCUUGGAAAUAAGCUGAUGUUUGAACCACUACCUAUCGAUCCUAUAUUGGUAGUUAGAGAUAUCCACAGAGUCUAUGAUUCUCAUUAAGAUGGUGACGGAGUGUGAAGGAAAUUUUAGGGAGCUGUAGAGCCCUCCUUUUCCAGGCUCCAGGUAUAGUCAAGAAGUAUUUUGAUAUUUCAUGAUCAUAAGGCUGAUCAGCUUCAUGUGUGGACUGUCUCACAAGAAAAAGCUACUGGAUGACUUCCUCAUUAUCAACAAGCUAUGAAGAAAGGAUCAUUGUUGUAGUCUGUAACUCUAUGUGGACCGACCCAUCAGCUUCACGUGGGGACUUAUCAUGUUUUAAAGCCACUGGAUGACAUCCUCAUUAUCAAGAAGCUAAUAAAAAGGAAGGAUGCAUUAUUGUAGUCUAUAACUCUAUAAAACUAGAAAUAAUGAUUAAAAAAAAAAAAAAAACUUAAAACUAGAAGUAAGUAAGAAUAUAUUUAAAGAUACAAAAAAUCCACGUGAAAGUAUUAAAUCUAUGGUAACAUACUAGAAUAACUUUCAGAAAUUUGAUGUCUUCUGACUACUCUUCGCUCCUAAUUCUUUUUUCCACUUUCCUGUUUUGAUUUUGAUUGUGAUUUUUUCCAAUUUUUUCCAUCACUCUUCACUCCCACUCCUGGACUGUAGAAAUCUAGUUCUCAAAAUAAUUAAACAAAAAUAAAGGAAGUAAGAAAAAGCUACUUG